AUGGAUGGUGCAGAACCGCCAUGCAAGCGUUGUGCUGAACGAAAUCUUUCGUGCGUAUUGAACAAAAGCCUGCAGACGUUGAUCGACGAGCGAUCACAAUGGAAGCACGAAGUUGUUGGUGAUCUUGGUGUCAUACACGCGUCUCUUCAACAAGUUCUCAGCAAAUUAUCACUACCUGCACUGCCAUCGUUAAACGCCACUACCGUGGAUGACCUGGAUCCAGUCCAACAGUAUGACGCUGCGGAUCGAGACGAGGACGUCCCAUCGUGUGACAAUUCACCAAGAUCGUCUCCAAAAGGUGAUGCUUUGCCACAUGCACCUAUCGAGUCUCUGUACCAGCUCACCCGUCUCCGAGCACUUCGAUCAGAUGACCCAACCGAGGAACGCAAGCACACCCCAGAUUUCGCGGCCAAUCACCCUGUCAAUGACUUCAUUUCUCGCGGCAUCGUUAGCAUUGAAGAUGCCGAGCGUCUUUUCGGCUUCUUCCUAAACCGAAUUGAUCACUUCAUGUAUAAGAUUGGGAGUCAUCACUAUCGCGAUCUGGACAGUGUUCGCCGUAGCUCCACCAUUCUUACUGUAACUAUCUGUACUGUCGCAGCCCUGCACGAUCCCCAAAGUAAUCAUCUUUACAAACCGUGCAGUCGAGAGUUCCGCCGUUUGAUGUCAGCAUCCAUGUUUGACCGACGGAUCGAUCGCGACCGUAUGCGGGCUCUUUGCGUGGCAUCAUACUGGCUACACGAUCUCUCCUGGACGAUUAGUGGAUACGCCAUCCGACGAGCCAUGGAGAUCAAUUUAAGCAGCAGCUAUCAGCGCGUGCUUGCUAGUGGUGAUGAGGAUUCCAUGGAGUGCAUACGACUGUGGUACGUUCUGUACAUCUGCGACCGACACUUGUCGAUUCUGUACGGUCGACCGUCAAUCGUCAAAGACGAAGUAUCUAUUACUGGGUGGGAGGCGCUUAUGCGGACCUCAGCUUUCACUGAAGCCGAUAAACGACUUGUAAGCCAGAUGGCUCUGCUGAUCAUCAUGGGCAAUGCAAGAGAGCUUUUUGGACCUGACACUGGCGAACCAAUCCCCAAAGCUUUUGCACCACAACUGGCAAGCUUCAGCCGCCAAAUCGAUCACUGGAUGGGCUUUUGGUCGACGGAACUUCUGAAAAUUCAUCAAUUCAUCGGCGGCUUCCCUACAAAGGGCGUGAUUAUACAUCAUCACCUCGCAAAGCUUCAUCUACACUCCCACGUUUUUCGAGGCCUACAGGGUGCCUCCGUACCGGCCCACUUCCGCGAUAGUGCGGUCGCUGCUGUAACAGCUGCUACAGAUACGAUCGAAAUGGUCCUUACUGACUACGACAUUCAGGAAGGACUUGUCGGCAUUCCACACUACAUUCAUUCAAUGGUGGCGUUUGCAUGUGCCUUCUUAUUGAACAUCGCUUCACAAUACAGCGGACAGUAUAUAUCUGAUACUGUAGUGUUUGACUUGACGACGAAAGCCGUGCAGCAAUUUCGAUCAACCCCUGUUGGUAAGUGGCAUUUGGUUCACCUUAUGGCAGAGGGACUCGAAAAGAUGAUCGCAAAGAAGGGCGGCAGUCCAGCGGCAAGAAUCCUGCCCAGUCUACCAAAGGAAGCGAGUCAACUUAGUGCACCUACUGGAUCGGAACUCAAUACCCCGUUGACUGGAGGGUCCUACGGCGAGAAUUUCUUCGGCGGCUUCGACGAUGCAUACAAUCCAGGGGCCUCGUCAUUCCUGAAUUUUGACACAGGUACAAUCGAUCUUGACUUCGCUGGCUUCAGCUUCUAA